GAAAAGAGCCAGCGCCGGCGGAGAGAGGGAUAGCGGCAGCGCGAGGAGGGGCGCGUUUUCCGAGUGGCGAAACUUUAUGUUGGUUUCCUCCGAAAGGACAGCGCUGGCGGCGGUGGAUUGAGGCGUCCACGAUGGGGAUGGUUCCGUGAAAACGAGCGUGCAGUGUCCAUCGGUUUUUUUCGGAUUACUACGCGACUGGUCGACGAGCUCUUCCGUCUCUCUGCGCUGUGUGUGUUAGUGUGCAGCAGUGGUGCUCUCGCGCGAGUGUGUGUGGUGUGUGUGCCCUGAGUGUUGUUGGUCCGGGCUGAAUGGUGCCCCGUUGUCUCCAUGGUGGUCGCCCGCAGUGACGGCGCAGCGGCAGCGGGGAUGGACACGCCGGACGACCCCGUCCUGCUCGCCAAGCAGUCCGACUGGAACAAGGCCAGCCAGCUCUUCCACCUGGACAGCAUCCGCGUCAAGCGCGAGCAACAGCAGCAGCAAGGGGGCGUGGUGGCUGGUGCCGGCGCUGGCGCGAAAGGUGGCAAUGCCACGUAUGGCAGGCUCGUGACACAGGACCUGCUGGCAGCCAUGGCCACAGACGCGCAACACAUGUCCUACAAGUUCAGGGACUCUAGCCAGGCACCCUUGCGGAAGCUGAGCGUCGACCUCAUCAAGACCUACAAGCACAUCAACGAGGUGGUCUACUAUGCCAAGAAGAAGCGGCGAGCGCAGCAACCCCAGGGAGAUGACCAGAGCCACAAGAAAGAGCGAAAGCUGUACAAUGAGGGCUUCGAUGAUGAUAACCACGACUACAUCAUCCGCAAUGGGGAGCGAUUCUUGGACCGUUACGAGAUUGAUUCGCUCAUCGGCAAGGGCUCCUUCGGUCAGGUGGUGAAAGCAUUUGACCGAGAUGAAAAUGUUUAUGUGGCCAUCAAGAUCAUCAAGAACAAGAAGCCGUUCCUAAACCAAGCUCAAAUAGAGGUUAAAUUGCUAGAGAUGAUGAAUAACCAUGAGAGCAAUGGCACCUGCUGUCAGCUGGGCAAGGACAAAAUAGUCAAGUUAAAGGGCCACUUCAUGUGGCGCAACCAUCUCUGCCUGGUGUUUGAGCUUCUCUCGUACAACCUGUACGACCUGCUUCGAAACACCAACUUCAGCGGGGUGUCACUGAAUCUGACGCGCAAGUUUGCCCAGCAGAUGUGCACGGCACUGGUGUUUCUCUCCAGUCCGGAACUGAGCAUCAUCCACUGUGACCUCAAGCCAGAGAACAUUUUGUUGUGCAAUCCCAAACGGAGUGCCAUCAAGAUAGUGGAUUUUGGCAGUUCCUGCCAGCUGGGGCAGCGCAUCUACCAGUACAUUCAGAGCCGCUUUUACCGGUCGCCCGAGGUCCUCCUCGGCAUACCUUACGACAUGGCCAUCGACAUGUGGAGUCUAGGCUGCAUCCUGGUAGAAAUGCACACGGGCGAGCCGCUCUUCAGUGGGGCCAACGAGGUGGACCAGAUGAACAAAAUAGUGGAAGUCCUUGGGAUUCCCCCGAAGUCUCUACUGGACAAGGCCCACAAGGCGCGCAAGUACUUUGAGAAGCUACCGGACGGCAGCUACGUGCUCAGAAAGACUAAGGACGGCAAGAAGUACCGUCCUCCGGGUACGCGGCGACUGCACGAGGUGCUUGGUGUGGAGACUGGAGGACCUGGUGGCCGGCGUUUGGCUGAGCCGGGACACUCCGUUGCCGACUACCUCAAGUUCCGCGACCUGGUGCUUCGCAUGCUUGACUACGACCCUAAGGGACGCAUCACGCCACAUCAUGCACUGCAGCACUCAUUUUUUCGGCGCACCGCGGAUGAAGGCACCAAUACAUCAACAUCACCAGCCGCAAUCGAAGGGAGCUCGUCGGCCGCUGCAUCCUGUCUCAUGCUGAUGCCAACACAGCCAGUGUCUCUCAACAAUGGAACCUCUUCCGCAUCCUCCUCAUCAGCAUCCUCGGGCGGCAGCUCCUCAGCCUCUUCGUCGGGCAGUCGAACCCGUUCGGACCCCACAUCAUUGCUGCAGCACCCAUCGCUUCACUGCGUGAUGGUCCCUUCCAAGGCCGUAGCAGCAGUCGCAGCAGCAGCGGCAGUCGGCUCGUCAUCUUCAGAGGCUCGAUGCAGUCGCGGUAUGGUUCGGCUGGCGGCCGAGCCACAAUUGCAGCCACAGCCAGUGCAGCAGCAGCGCCUCAGCCCCAUGGACACUUUGGGCUAUCACCAUGGCUACGGGGCCCCGUACGGGAGGGUGCCUGAAGACGAGGACUCGCACAUGGGCCUCUGCCACGACUCAGCACCCGUUGUCUCUCAUUGAUGCGUCCCUCGCCUAGGAGAGAGGAGAGAAGAGGCCACACUCCCCGACCAUCGCUACUACCGCCAGGAGGGGGGCUGCUGCUUCUAAUAACGCCGGACGAUUUGGGCAUUGUUGAAAGCGGGGUGAUGAUGCUGUGGCAGGUGGAGCAUGCAGUCUUCUUUCGAAGCCUUGGUUGGAUUUCGGGCUGUAGCGGACAUGUGGCUGCCUUUGCACUGACACAACGAAUAGCAAUGCUGCACGCGACUUGGGCCUUGUGCUAGAGCAUGUUUUAAAUUCGAUAAGAAGUCAUUUUUCAUAAUGGUAUGCGAUUAAGAAGAAAGACACUGGAAGAGACCAUCUAGUGUACAAUGCACUUUUCUUUUGUUUAAUGGCAAUGGUUUGUUUUGUGCUUCGUAAAGAGUUGCAACACCUUUGAAUGCUACACAUGCAAUCUUGAGGCUGUCUUUCAAAAAGCAGCAAAUUAGGUGGCAAGUGGGCUCCUGGUCGUAGCUGUCUUGCAGAUUUUGGCACAGCCGCUCGGCAGCAGCAUUCGCCGUGGUGGUGGUACAAAGGACGCCAAGCUCAUUUCGUGCGAUGUGGCAGCGAAAGAAGAUUACGUGCCUAGCAAACAAGCAACGACUAAUAAUUUUGCCUCUGGAGCACCUGUGGUGGGUCCCUUUUUGCGGACUUGACCUGAAAAUUCCUUGCAUGUCCACAAGCUGUGAGGGUGUUCUCGAAAAUUCGUACCGAGGUCACCCUAGUAGGCUUUAGCAUUAUACACUAGCAGCCUCACAAUGCUUCCUGGUGCGUGCUAAACUGACGGCACCGUUAGUGCUCAUGUGCAGUUUUUACCUUUGACACGUGGCAUUUUUUUUCCACUUAAUAUGAGGAGAAAAUUUUUAAGCGUUAUGGUAUAGGUGUGUCUCAUGAAAGAAGCUAAUUUAAGCGAAUGCAGGGCCCAAAACUAUGGGUAAAUUAGAAAUUCAGCUCCAUUUUACCACUAGAGAUAAGAUGGUUCCUAAUUCGCUUUUGUUCCUGAUUUAACCGACUCCUAAAAAUACAAAUUUUGGGCACUUCCUUCAUUUCCCUAAAUCUGACGAGGUCACAUGGAUUAUGGUAUGGUUUCAAAUUAUUCUUUGCCAAGUGGUUUUCAUGGUGUCUUGCAAUUGCAAGGAAUUAGGCAGGUUCACCAGCCAGCUCUCUCUUAAUAGCGGCACUUGUAGAAAGGGCACCUUUUCACCGAAGAACUCUGCAACAGUUCCUCACAAUGCAACAUCCAGGGAUAUGGUGGACAUGGUUGUUGUGCCACACACCGUUCAGUAGGCAUUCCUCUCGUUGAAUGUCCUUCGACCGGCUUGGGCUGUAGGAUGUUCGCAGUGUGGGAGCACUAGAAUUGUUAGCCCCCUUUGUAGGAGAUCGUGGGGUUGGUGGGGUGUGUGGCAGUGUACAUAGCUAGCUGGAAAGGGAAAAGGGUGUUGUUUGUGCAUUGUCACCUGUACAUAGACAGAAGUGUGCCCCAAUGCCCUCUUCUCACCGCCGGACACCUCGAGGGAGAGAGGAAAAAAAAUCCAAGAGUGUUGUGGCGAGAGUUAGAGGAGGAGGGGCCCCAACUGGCUGCUCUUGCGGAGACUGGAGAGAAAAAAAAAAUAAUUUAUACUACCUGUACAUCGCCUGCGCAUCACUUGAGAAGGCGCGCCAUGGUCAAGACAUGCUGUAUCUUACUGUACAUAGCUAUAAAUAUUAUACAUACAUUAUAUAAAUAUAUAAAUAUGCUGUGCGCUACCCUUCCCCCUCUCCCCAUGAAAUUGGUUGCCGAAAUAAGAUUAAAAAAAAAAUUGAGUAGUGCAUGGAAGCAGGUGGCAGAGCAGGAAAUGUUGGAAAAAAAAUGCUGGGAUAUUUAUUUUGCUUUUUUUCUGCCUGUUGUUUUUUCUCCUACCCUAGCCGGUCUCUCUUUUGCUGGCAGCACUGUGCUUGUUCUUUACUACUUACGAAAAGCUAGAGAGAAAUUUUUAAAAAUCGCUCCAUCAGUGUGAGGCUUGCUCGGUACUUUUUUUUUUCUACUUUGACUGUGCCCUCACAACUGCGGUGUUGGAAAAAAAAAAUUUUGCGGAUAAAAUUGCUUGCGAGUAUAUUCGAAAUUCAUGGACAGCUGCGAUGAGCAAUCUGGGUCAAAUUACGUCAGAAAAAGAUACUGGCCUUACCAUUUAAUGAUUGUUGUUUCUUUAGGGAACUUAGGGGGAUCUUCUAGUGAGAAAACUUUGAGUGAAUUCAUGUUUUAUCACUCGCUAUUUUCCCGAGAGGUUUGCUUGUAGGUUUGGGAACUGUACGCUUGGCGUGUGGAGGUUGUGUGCUUGGAAAAUUGCCUUUCACAGCAAGUACAGAUCCGAGAUGCUAGAAGUAUCAUGAGCACAAGUGUGCUGUUUCCUGUAGAUUCUUCACUGCCACUAGCGAGGAGUUGGUUAGCACUAGAACGAAGAGGAGCACGAGAAAAACAACAACAAAAAAAACGCUGUGCUAUAACUGCACUUCAAUGUUGAAGGCCACCUCACCACGUCUCAUUGCAAAUUGUAUUCAUGCACCAGAAAUUGUAAGGCUUGGUCUAAAGGUAACUCAAACCUGAAGUUUGAAAACUUGAUGAGACUCUUUAACCAGCAGAAAGCGAGCAUAACCAACAUAACAUGCAAAAAUAACCGUUGGCCUGUGCAGUGUUCAACAAUAGGCAGGGUUGAAAUCCGAUUAGUAAGGCUUUCGAUAGGCAAGGCCAUUGGUAAGAAUUGAGAAUAGAGCAGCUAGCUGUAUGAGUCAUUGGUACUGAGAUGUUUCUGUGGAAACCACACACUUGCUGCUCGUCUGAUAAGCCAAUUUGGCAGUGUCUGUACGAGAUGACCCAGGUGGCACUUCGAGGGGCCGCUGUCAUUCUUUUUUUUUUUUCCUCGAAGUAAUGCAACAGUUUUGUGCAACGAAGAGGAACAUGGGGGUGUGUUCCCUGGCUGCAACAGAUGUGUCGGCCCCCAUAACUGUGUACACGGAAUCUGCACACUCGCGCCUUUUGUUGUUUUGCAUCUUCAAGAGGCCAGUAGCGGUGCAACCUCCGAUUUUCAAUCCUUCUCUUUCACACAUGCUCGAUCGAUUGCCGACUGACUUCUCUGUCCUACCUGAUGAUUUCAUGCAGUGUAAAUAGUGCCAUUGAUAUAUAUAUGAAUAUAUAUAUAAAUAUACAUAUUACUGCAUACCGACACAAGACAAGAUGCAUUGCAGAUGCCACCCGGGGGAUUGUCGGUUGGCGAAGAGUGUGUGCAGAAGAAUUGACUGCUUGUUUUUCUCCUUUCUCAAGUAGUACUUGGAGUAAAGGGACAUUGUUUUGGGCUGUGUUCCGAUUCUCCGUAGGCUGCUGGUAAGCUGUGUAGGCUGUUCACUGGACUGCACCACUGAACGUUGAACGUAGCUGCCCGAGACAUGGCCAGAAGUUGUAGCUGUCCACAAUGUACCUUAAAGACUGAGGUGUAUCUAUUUCCGGAAUCGCAGCACAUGGACGUAAAGCUACGUUAUCCUUUUAUACAGGGUAACGGAACUGGUCUCGAAGAUCUGCUGAGAAGCAAUUAUAUGACAGUUAAGUAAUGAAAUACUCCUUAGAAGCUAUUUCUCUCAACCUCGUGGUAAUAGGUAGGUAAUGAGAAGGGUUAAUGUAUGUCUAGCAUUGAAAAAAUUGCGAGACCAUGUACGAGUGUAAUGUUAUGUACUUCUAUGUAUUUUUUUUCAUAUUUGGACUACCCUGGCCUAGCAAACGUUUACGAAACUUUUUAGCUUAUGCUUUGCUGGUGCUAUGUAAGCAAUAUUUACUGAGAAAAAAAGGGACACUAGCCUUGACUAGACAGUAUCAAAAUCCUGUUUUGGCAACUUCUGGGCAGUUAUUCACCAGCUUUUUGCUGCCAUUCGCUGGCUGUUCUUGGUGACAAUUCUGCCACCUGUGAAGACUGCACAUUUUCACCAACACCACUGCACAGCUGCUCCAGGACUUUCAUGUGGGCUUUGCUGAAAUCAAAUAGUGCCACAUCCAUACUCCUGACUGAUAUGCGCCUCAAAGACUAUAAACACCGAUGCAGGAAAACAAAAUUGUCAUUGGUUAAAAAAAAGUAUGCAAAGGAAGAUCUCAUGAUUGCGUGACAACAUGCAAGGUAACUUUUAUUACUCACAAUUUUGUUUCUCAGCAAAAAUUGAAUACAUUGAAUAAGUUGCAUUGCUAAUCGCUACCGAGCCCACUUUUAUACGAAAUGAGCUCUGAAGGUUUCUGUGAAAGCUUUAAGCUUUGCAGUAUGAAUGUCUGGCUCUCUGAACUCUUUGAAAGUUGUGCAUUGAGCACUAAUUCAGAGUUGCCGUCUUCGUAACUCUGAAUUUGUGCUCUUUCUUACCAUGAAAAGACAGAAAAGCUGUUGCACUCAUUUAGGCAUUACAUGCAUUUCACUUGUGUCGGCUGGGUUCAAUUCAUGCUUGUUUUUAUUUGGCUCUAUUGCUACUCAGCCCACUGACGUAAUGAGAAUGUAGCGGCCAUUUUAUAGGGACAUGGAUUGCAUGCUACGAACAGAAACAUAUUAAAUGUCUUGCUAUCUCUGCAGUCUGCGUGAACUGGUGGGGCUGCUCAUUGAACUCGAUAGGAGGGAAAGAGAAACGCUGACUUGAAUGUGUGCUGUAGUUAAGACUUCGAACCGGAACACAGCCCAUAAACAAAAAGGACGAUACAUUUGUUAAAAAAAAAUGUCUCAAUAGUUGUCUCUUCGGAUUUGCUUUCAUAAUAUUGUCAUUCAUUUCGCUGCCGUGUUCAUGUGUAAAGAUUUAUUAUUUUUUUUCAUGUGUAGAGAAAGCUGUGGUUCCCUGGGGAAGGAAUAAAAACAUCACAUUGCCUCUUCCUCAUUUUUUCUUUCUAAAUAAAUAAAAAAAAAAAUCGGCAUCAGUUUCUGAUGCUACACUGCCACGUCACGUCCUCCCACUGCUAUAGCGGUGGGCAAGGGAAAACUUUUUUCGCUGUAUAACCACGAGCUCCUUGGAAUCACGGCCUUUCCCGCGAUACUGAAAUGUUGUCCCCCUUCACACGCGUACAUAUUGUGGAUACACACUAUGGCACAUGUUAUCACCAUAACCUUGCAGUUGCUUUUUUUUCUUAGUUUCUCUCCGCUGCUUGUCGUACUCUCUCGGAGAAUGUUCAGUUUCUUCGCUUGUUUCCAAUGGCAAGGCAGCAUGGAAAAGCUUGCAAGCGCUUGUGUGUGUGUGUCUCUUUGGAAAAAAAGCGAACCACAUGAAGUUGUUCGUCAACAAAGAAAAGUUUAUUAGUGUUUGAAUAAGUGUAGAAAGCAGUGUAGCAGUCCUUAGUUGUUUUUUUGUUCUAUUUUCUGUGUCUAUGCAGUGUGCGCAAUCCGACAACCAAGCAGCUUUUUCUCCGUCAAAAAAGCGGUGACUUUUUUUUUCAGUGUAUUAUUUUUUCUUCUACUUCUGCAACCAUUGUUUCAUGCAAGUAUUUUUUUUGAAGUGUUACAUGCAUUUCACUCCAACUUUUUUUUUUUACUCCUGUAUUUUUUCGUGUAUGGGAGAAUCUAGUCUAGCAUUGCUUGUUGGCAAGCACUAAAAAAAAAUUCAUAUGGGACGGGUUGAUUUUGUAAAGAAAAAAUGCGAAGGAAAAAAAAAUCGACGAGAAAGGUGUUUCUCUUGUUUUUGUUCUUUUUUAUUUAAAGGGGAAGGGGGCGCGCGCGUUCUUGUUCGCGCGCAUAUGACUGCAAGCUCACACACUUUCAAAAGUGAACGACUAGAGGGAGACAGAAAGUGACCAAAAAAGGCCCACGAUUUUUAUUGUGUAUAUAAGUAAAAGAGAGAAACAAUGAUAUUGAUGACAAUAAAAGUUAAAACCAGCA